UAUUUUUCCUAUUGUGAUGAUGUGUGUUACUAAAAUCGAGUAUUUUUCGAAAACAACCUUUUAAUACUUCCACUAGAAGAGAGGCAUUACCAAUUUGGCGCCUUCCCUAUAUUUUCAAAAAUCCAUGAAACCAGAGGAUCUCCUUCAGCGUCUCAGCCCCACCCACACCCAGAAAUGCACCGUCGGCUGCCUGGUUCUCGACCGCUUACUCGGCGGCGGCAUUCCUUGCAACUCAAUAACCGAAUUAGUCGCCGAAAGUGGAUGUGGCAAGACCCAAAUCUCCCUCCAGCUUCUCCUCUCCGCUCAACUCCCCACUUCACUCGGCGGCCUCUCCGGUUCCUCUAUAUACCUUUACUCCGAAUCACCCUUCCCCGUCCGCCGCCUCCACCAACUCUCCUCCUCUUUCCCCACUCUCCAUAACCCCUUAGGUAAGAUCCUAACCCACCCUCUCCACUCUGCUCACCACCUGUUCGACGUAUUGUCUCAACUAGACUCCUUAUUAUCCUCCCGGCUUGACUCACCUUCCCAAAUCAAGCUCAUCGUGAUCGACUCCAUUGCAGCUUUGUUUCGAUUUGAAUUUGAAAACAACCCGCGUGAUCUCAAACAGAGAUCGGGUUUGUUUUUCAGGAUUUCGAGCAAAUUGAAGGAGCAAGCUAGACGGUUUGGGUUGGCUGUAGUGGUGAUUAAUCAAGUUGUUGAUGUGAUGAAUGAUACUGAUGGACUGAGGAUUGGGAAUUCAACUUGUUGGUAUACAUCUGAGAGAAAAGUAUGUGCCGCAUUGGGCUUGUCAUGGGCAAAUUGUGUUAAUACAAGAUUGUUCUUGUCCAGGCAAGAAGAGAGGGUCGCUCGAGAGGUAAAUGGAGACGAUUGCUUUAGUACACAAACGCGGAGAUUUAUACGCGUUGCAUUUGCUCCUCAUCUUCCUGAUUCUUACUGUGAGUUUGUUAUUAGUAGAGAAAAGAUUUUUGGUUUAGAAAGAUAAGAUCAUUGGCUUGAACAAACCAUGUACGUAUCCUAUUUAACAGCAAAAAGUUUGCCUCUCUUGCCAUUGCUACUUACAUAUAUUCUCUCUACAGUUUGAAAUUGUUA